GUGCAGUACACAGACAGGCUGCUGCUGCGGUGCUAGCUUGAAAAGAAUCCAUUAUUAGAACAUACAGGUAUUGUCACUGCCACUACCAGGGAGUUAUUUCACAUUCGACUGUACAACUAUUCAUCUGUGUGCACGCAUGUUCGCUGGCUUGGCUGGCAAGUCGCUCAGACUUUCUUUCUUGUACAUUGAGACUUGGACUACAUUUUGCAUGUGGUAAAGUUUGCUCUGGUGGUGGUGUGUACUGUAUGUACAUUUCAGUUGAGUAUCAGUGGUCGAGUUUUGGAAGUGAACAGACUUUGGACAACUCCUGGAGUUCAUUUCAAGAUUCUAAAAGGAUUAAAAAGAAGUAACAGAGGAAUCACUGAAGUCCAAAUCCUACUGGAAUAAUACAAGGCUUAAAGAUACUCACAGUAACCAUAUUGGUAACUGAGCACUGAGCAUUGUUUCAUCAAAACAAGUUGCAGGAGCAGCACAGACAACCUGUAACACGAUGGGUGACGUAGAUGCAAUCGAGAGCGGGAAGCAGGAGUACACUCUGAGGCCACGCAACCGGGACUGGAAGGAGAGAACCAAGGUGUGGUUCAAGACCAACCUUCUUAUCAUCUUCACCAUAGCGUCAGUACUUUGCGGGAUCUUCCUUGGGAUAGGUUUGAGGUCCGCAGAGCCUUCUAAAGAUGCCAUCCUCCUCAUCGGUUUCCCUGGUGAUGUACUCAUGAGGAUGCUGAAGAUGCUGAUUCUCCCUCUUAUCGUCUCAAGCUUGAUCACAGGUCUAACGGGCCUUGACGCCAAAUCUAGCGGAAAGUUAGGCGGGAGGGCGCUUCUCUACUACUUCUGCACGACCUGCAUCGCCGUCAUCAUUGGAAUCAUCCUGGUAGUAGCCAUCCGCCCCGGGAGAGAGAACAUCAAGAAGAAUCUCGGAGACGGUAACCAAGUGAAGGAGCUCACCACCCUGGAUGCGUUCCUAGACCUCCUCAGGAAUUUCUUCCCAACAAAUUUGGUGCAAGCUUGCUUCCAACAGACACAAACAUAUCAGGAAGACGCAGACGUUAUUGAGAAAAGGCUUGUUAAUAGCACGCUUUUAAACUCCACACUUUCCUACAGCGGAGUCGCUGCAGAUAAUGUUACAGGUCCUGUGAAUGUCACAUAUGAAUACAUCACCGUCGGUACAGAAAUCGUUCGCAAGCAGGGAUUCAAGAAUGGCAUGAACGUACUUGGAAUCAUCGCUUUCUGCAUCUUUUUUGGUAUUCUUCUGGGACAGAUGGGAGAGCGUGGUCGUGUUAUGGUCCAGUUCUUUGACAUCCUCUCUGACCUCACCAUGCAGAUGGUCAACAUCAUUAUGUGGUACUCACCUAUUGGCAUCAUGAGCCUGAUCUGUGCUAAGAUCCUUGAUAUGGACAACCCUGCUAUGGUCUUCUCUAACCUGGGUCUCUACAUGGUGACCGUCCUGCUAGGGUUGGUCAUCCAUCUGGCCUGUCUCAUGACCAUAUACUUCACCAUCACUCGCAAGAAUCCCUUCACAUUCUUCAGAGGUCUCCUACAGGCUUGGCUCACUGCUCUCGCUACAUCCUCUAGCUCUGCGACUCUCCCAGUCACAUUCCGUUGCCUGGAGGAGAACCUAGGUAUUGACAAGAGGGUGACUCGAUUUGUGCUGCCCAUUGGAGCAACAGUUAACAUGGACGGUACUGCACUCUACGAAGCAGUAGCAACUAUCUUUAUCGGUCAGCUCAAUGGCUAUACUUUGACCAUUGGCAAAAUCAUCACAAUUAGCUUAACAGCAACCCUAGCGAGUGUUGGAGCUGCCAGCGUACCCAGUGCAGGUCUCAUCACUAUGCUCCUGGUUCUUACAGCUGCAGGCUUUCCUGUCGAAGACGUCAGUUUGCUUUUUACCGUCGACUGGUUCUUGGAUCGUUGCCGUACAUCUAUCAACGUUGUGGGUGAUUCUUACGGAGCUGCCAUUGUGCAUCAUCUUUCUAAGAAGGAGUUAGAGGCAAUCGAUAGAGAGGAAGCCGAGAUGGAGCUGGAAGGUGGCAAGGACACUGAAUACACUGCUAACGGCAAGCCGGAGAUGAGAGAUGGUAACGCCGUAGCCGACAUUGAGAAGAAAGAUGGCGACAACUGGGAGUCUGGAUUCUAGACUAUGCCCCUUGUUACAAGCCAUACCUACCCCUGUAUACCAAUACAGGCAGUUUUUGUGUACAUUUGUAUUUUUUCUGUUUUCUUUUUUUAUAUAUAUAUUAUAUAUAUCUAUAGAUAUAUAUGUAUAUAUAUAUAUAUUUUGGCAAGUCUUUGAAGAAUAAGAUGGAAUUUUGUUGUUGAUGGCAACAAGAUAUCGUUAAAAGGCAUGAGUUGAAAUCACUUAGUUUGCAGAACCUUGGAGACUUCCAGGUGCAAGGAAGGGAGCAACAAUGAAAGGAAAUGUGAAAAUAAUGAUCAUGUGACCAUUAUUGCAUUGUGGGUAAAUGUGAAGGUACGGAGCUUUAGUGACAAGAUUAAAUGUAUGAAAAGUAAAACCACUUUAAAAAGAGAGAGAGCAGGAAAGGGAAAGAAAGAAAGAGAGAGAAAUGAGAUAGAGAGAGAGAGGGGAGUAAAGAAUGGCAGAAUGAGAAAAGGAGUGAGGCAAAGAGAAUGAGAGAGAGAGAGAGAGAGAGAGUGUGUGUGUGUUAGUGUGAGUGAGUGAGUGAGUGAGUGAGGAAGAAAGAAGGAUAUUCCAAAGAUAUUAAUUUGACACAUUAAACAAAACAAAAUUCUUGAAAGCAGCACAAAUUUUCAGAAGUGGAAAGUUUAUUUUUCCAAUUCAAACAAGCUAACAGAGUUUAUGUGAAAGAUUCAUUCAUACUUUACCACAAAUUAAACUUUCCUUCAACCAGCUGGAUUUCAAGCUAAGAAAACAUGUGGUCUGAAAUUUCUGGGGAAAAAAAUGCAUUUUAUGCCAAAAUCAAUUCGUAUUCAGUGGGCUGUUAUAAUAACUUGGCAUGAGGCCUCAAUAAGGGCAUCUUCUGCAACACAAUACAGGGGUAAAAUGACUUUAUUUGCUGGUUUAGAAUAAAGAAUUUCAUCUGGAGUCAUAACACAACAUUAUGCUUGAGAUUAUUUAAUUGUUGGUCAAGUGAUAUAUUUUAGUCCCAGCUUAUUUUUCCUCAUAUUGUGGCAGAAAUGAAAGUAGGAUUGAUAAGGUGUACAAGUGGAGAUUGUUUCUUCAUCAGUUGGAAGUCUACUUGUAUUGUAAAAUCAACUGGAAAGUUCCAUUGCACAGAAAAUCAGUAUUGAUGGAGAAACCAAUGUACAGUAUGUAUUGUUAAUUUUCUAUAUCAGUAAUUACAUUUAAAGAGUUUUUUCUGUAUUGAUUCGUCUUGAAAUGUUAACCCAAAUUUUUGUUAUGUUUGAAUUUUCUAUGGAGGCAUAGUCAAAUCAUUUGUAUAUUUUUAUUCCUAGCAUUAAUGUAUAGGCAACUUCUCAAAGACAUACAAAGCUUGUAUCAAAAUUUGUUCACAGCAGCGAACUUGUCGUAGAAGUUAUGAUGCAAAAGAGAGUACCGGUACGUUUAAUGCUGCAAUCAAAUUUUGUCAUAAUUGUGAGGUGCACAAAUUCUAAAAUGUCAAAAUUAUGAUAUAGCAGAUGAUUUUCGAAGUUGUAUGUGAUGGAAAGGUCAGUGACCCAUACCAUAAAACUAUGGGUAUCAGAUAGAUUUUACUAACACCCCUUUCAUGGUCGAUAUACCAAACCAAUUUCUGAUAUACAUGUUGUCUGCAUAUUUUGGCUAAUACCAUAGUCAGUUGUGCAGGCAAACUAAACAAAGUACACCCAAAUCUGGCUGCUUUCAGAAAAAAAGGCAAAUCAGAAUAAUCCUUGCUGGCUAGUAAAGCUUGAAGGGACUAACAUACUUCAUCUUUGAGCUGUUAGAUAGGAUUUACUAACACCCUUUGUGGUUGAUAUACUAAGAUUCUAAUAUGACUCAAGUUUAUUGCAGUCCGAUUUCAUCAAAUGUCCGACCAGUUUUGACCUGUUGUCAGUGGCUUUCAUUACGAUCAUAGUAUACUGUAGUUUGUGGACAAAGAUACACACAUAUAUAACAACUCAAAUUGGGAUCUCUUGUCCUAAUGCCCAAGUGUUCUGAUACAACUCAUAUGUAAAGGAAAACUUGGGUAAUAAUGCCUAUCUGUUUUCUUUCAUAUCCAUCUCUCUCUCUUGUUAUCAUUAUCAUUUACAAAGUGAGAGUAAAUACAUGUAUUUUCCAAAGUCUUAUUUCUAUCUUUCUUCUAUCACUGUAUGUGUAUAUCAUAGUGUGAAAUAGUGAUCAUUUUUUACGUCUCGUGUUUCAUGAGUCAUUAGUACAGGGUCUUCUACGGACACCAGGGCAGUACAAAUUUGUUUCCCUGUUUCAUAAAAGAAGUAUCUGAAUGAAUAUUUUACGUAUAUGUUCUUACAUCUUGUAACAAGAAGGAAAACAAAUAUAUAAUUAACAAUGAAGCAGAGAAAUGUUAAUAAUUUCUUAAACAAUACCCGUACCUUCAAUGUGUAAUUUGUAAGAUGUUUAAGUUACAUAAAUGUCUACCUCUAGAAAGAAAAUGAAAAAUACAACAGCAAAAUUGCUCUUUAAUUUUGUAAUAGAGAUAAGCCAAUAAUUUACCAUAUUCGUCAUACUGAGUCAUGCAAACAAUUUGAUAGUUCUUUUGUAACAGUAUUUUGAUGGUUAAUUCAUUCUAGCUAACACAUCACCACUAUUGAGGCAGGGUGCAUUUCUACAGUUUCUAUUCCUAUUUACAAAACUUGAUUGUUUUAAAACUGUUAAGAAUAACCAUUGUGAAGAAGGACAAAAAUUUGGAUUUUGAAAUAUAUUCACAAUUGCACCUAUAUUAACUUUAAUAUCACAGGUGAUCAAAUAAUUGAAUUCAUUAUCGUCAAGAAAAUGAUUCAAUCAAAGUGUUCUCAGUGUGUGAAGUAGCAUCAAUACCAUCAAUUCAAAGAACGCAACUAUGAUUGCAAGAUUGCUCUUAGCACAAGAUAUACUUUGUGUAUCUUCAAUUUGUAGCUCAAAUAAUGCACUAGCUACAGUCCACUGAAUCAGUGUAUUCUAGCUGUGCCUUAAGUAUUCCAAAAUCUGCAGCUUGGAGAAUACAAUCAUGUUUAACAGCCAAAUUGCAUUCAAAGUAUCAUGUAUGAUUGUUCUCUCUCAGAAUGCAAUCAUGUUUUACAAUGGUUGUGCAUAAAGUAAACUUGUUUAGCAGCUUUGAGAAUGCAAUCAUGUCAUCAAUCUAAUUGCUUCCAUGGCAUAAUUCACAUUCAAUACACUGUAGGCCUAUGUUGCUCCAGAGAAUGCAUUCAUUUUCACACAGUGAGUGCAUUCUAAACUUAAUGCCAUCAAAAUUCAUCAAAUCAGCAGCUCAGAAAAUGCAAUCUUUGUUCUAGGUUGCACUCAAGUCACCAAGUAACUUUCAUCCAGUUACCUCAGAAAUGAUACACAUUUUCCUUUCUCAUGAUUCUUCCAAACACCCUCUUCAUCUCCCCAAAUUACUCAUUAAUUUAUAUUUACCGGUAGCUAAUAAUUAGUAUGUAAUUAGAAAAGUUCUAAAAAAGCUAUUAAAAAAAGUAUUUAUCACUUUCUUUUAGAAGAUAAAGCGAUUAUGUAAUCUGUACAGACUGUAACCUCAAUAUGUAUCCCUUCCAUUAUAACAUAAUGUAUGUACAAUGACAUAUUUGGUAUACCAAUUUGUAUUUUUGCACUUGUAAUUUUUUGUGAUACAUUAACAAGAUAUAUCAUGUACGACAUGUCAGUCGAAUAUAAAGUGAAUAUGUGGAACAGUGAGUGAUUUGAUCAUUGUUGUGAUGGUGUUUAGAUGUAUUACGAAUUUGUGGAGCAAAUACAAGAAAAAGAGGUGAUUUUGUUGUUGCUAGUCUACCCCAGUGGGCUGUAUAUACUGUCUCUCACUUGAGAUAGGCAGCAAUAUGAAGUUAGUAAAACUGUGUAGCCGGCAUGCUAGCCGUUCCAGUGGCUAAUAAGCAACUUUCUUUUAAGCUACAAAGAAUGAUGACAUUUCAUUUUGCUCUCUCGGUUUUUUUUUAUUUCUUUAUGGCUGUAUUUCUUACAGCAUGCCAGUCAAUUGAUAACAUUUUGAGGCUUUCUCGUUAAACAAACCUUUUUAUGAACUAUGGCAAACGAGAAAGUAAGAGAUAAAGCUGUAAGAAUACGAUAUGAAGAUGUCAUUUUAGUAGAUGUAGCCCUUUAUUAUAAAGUUAAUUAGUUGGGAGAGGUGCUGUGGUCCAGUGGAUACGUCUCUGUAUUGUGAACCACAAGGUAUGGGCUUUGAAUCCCUGUCACAGCACUAAUAUCCUUUGGCAAGACAUUCAUCUACACUUGCCACACUCCUCCCAGGUGAAGUAAAUGGGUACCCGGCAGGAAUCAAUUCCUUAAAAUGCUCGAGCGCUAUAAUGGCGGGAGCAAUAAUAACGGAGCACCAGGAGUGGCAAUGUGCCAGACAUGAGUGUUAUACAAGACUCCACUAUUAUUAUUCCGUUAUUACAAGUUCUUUGGCCGUUUAACAUUUUCAGUCGAAGGGUAUUCUAUAUUUAAUAUUUGAAAAUUGAAAUAUGAUAAACCAUACAGUGUAGUACUGAUACUCAUUCAUGCGUGUCAUGUACAUGACUUGUACUUUUGAUCACAUUUACUGAUAUUAACCAACUAACAAUUGGUUUUCCUUUUCUCUCUGGUGUAAAUAUCACCUAACAAAAAAAAAGAUACCUGGUAUAAAGAUACAUUGUUCUUAUAUGAUCUGUCCUUCAGAAAGGAAAUGUCAAUGUGAUUUUUGGGAAGUGUUCAGUUUAAAAACACAAAUUGUGGAAAUAAACGUCAUUGAGAAAUCCUGUUUUUAUUUUCCUAAAGGAGCCCGGCAGAGUUUGGUUGUUUGUAUAGUGAAUCACCACUUCUAUUGUUAAUGUCUUUAUAUUGUCAUGACAAUGUAGUAGAAGAGACAUGUUGUAUAUUGUAUGUAUAAAUAUAUUUACUCUUUUAGGAUACAUAUACACAAAUAUUUACUCAUAUUUUUGUAAAUACAGUAUAAGUAUGUAACGUAAGUUUGAGCAUUAAGACUUGUGAUAUUUUCUACCACUGGUUUGUUUUCAUAGGAAAUGAUAGUAAUGUGCUAUUUUUUUCAAAAUGAGGAGAAAAAAAAUCCAUCCAUUAUGAAGUAGAAAGUUGUAUACAAUGUAUAUGAUCAGCUGUUAUUGACCAAGAUAUAAUAGAUUUGAAGAUGGUUUUGAGUAGCCUACUGACAUAAUUGAAAAAGAACCAUUUUAGUGGAGGUGUUGUGGUGUAGUGGUUGAUUCAUGUGACUCUCAAUCUAUGGGUUGAAGGUUCAAAUCCCAGAGCAGCACUUACGUCUGUUAACAAGGCGUUAAUCUAUAUUCACCAAUCUCCACCCAGAUGUAAUUGGUACCUGGCAAUCGCUGGGUAAUAAUACUUGCAUGGCCAUCAGAAAGCAUUGAAGCUUAUGAGGCUUACCCGGGUAAACAAAAUUAUUAUUAUUGUUAUUGUCAUUAUUAAUAUAUAUUUUGAAUGGUUCAUUAUUUAGGAAAUACAAUCAGGUAUCAUGAGGCAUUGAAAUCUUUCAAAAGCAUCAAUGGUUCAUGAAAAUCACCAGUACCGGUAGUAAUAACUUUUGGUUCAGACAUUUAAUUUAUUUCUAGAAUGAUUUUCAAUAUAAGAGCAUUUCAAGAGCAAGACUUUUUAUGGAACAUCUUUAUUGUGGAAACAUGGUCAAUUGAAGAAUAAAAUGAAAAAUCUCACAAAUUAUUCCUUAAUUUUACAAUCUUUUAAAGGUCAAGAAAAUAUCAUUAAAUUUUUGCAACGUUUCUAUUCAGAUGGUGAUGUACAUUUCAUUGAUAUGCUUAUUAUUCUCAUAAGAGCAGGUAUUAUAGAGUGCAUCUUUAUAGGCUGAAAACUUAUUUUCAGAAAAUGCAAUUAAAACAAUGGGGAUUUUUGUAUUCAAAUACAAGCAUUUUCUACUCAAAUUUUGCGAAGACUGAAACUUAAAACGCACAGCUAAGAAUUGUCAUGAACAAUACGAUUGCAUUCUAGUCAAAUUUUGUUUUCAUAUUUUGUUUCUUUAAUACAAUGCGUCAUCUUUUUAUCAUUUAUUGUAAGUACUUAUCAUCCUCAGUUUUAUCAAAUUUUUAAUAUUUUAUUUCCAGUAUUUAUAUAUUUUUGUAAAAGAUUUCUCUUUUUCACUUUACAAAUUAUUUGCGCUCAUAUUCAUUAGUCCUUUUCUCUUCAAAUACAAAUCUCAAAUUGAAAACACAUUACUAACAUGGUUACAUGUUUAAUACCUAUUUCAAUGAAAAAAGGUUCACAAACAGAACCAAAAAAAGAGGUCUGGUCUUUUUGUUUUUAUCCAUGAUUAAAUAAAGGAACAUUCAAUUGUUUUUAUCGAGUCACUACACAAGUCCCGUCCAUUCAAUUAAAUGUACAUGUAUAGCACAGGAUGCAAAUUUAUAAAUAAUUAAUGUUGAAUAAUGUAUUGGGUCAAUAAUGUAAUUUACAUGGUUUUAGAGAAAGCAGUCUGUUUGUACCUCCCUUCAGGAAACCAUUGUUUAAAAAUGUACACUGGUAUUUUAUUGUUUCCCGUAUUAAUAAUACACAUUGGAUAUUGAUAUAGACAUACUGUGAAUGUAUGGUGGUGUUCUUGUGGUUCGGUUUGUUAAUUUCUCACCCUCUUUCACACGCAAAUAAAAUGGGCAUGUAUCUUGUAUUUUCAUUAUAGCAAUAAAGAUAAAAUGAGUUCCUAUACACAAUAUCCUGUGUGAAGACAA